GGGAAGCUUGAACAUGACAAUGACAUGACAGGCUUUUCACAAGCCUAAUAAUUCUCUUUGCUGUGUCACUGCAUUACAUACAAUAUAUAUUCAGAGCACAAGAGAAACAUUCAUACAUACAUAGCUAUUAGCAGUUCACUUUCAAUCUCUGUAGAUUUGGUUUGUGUUCAUUGUCCCCACUGAAUAGUGAGGGGUAGCAUAGCAGCCCACCAUCCCAUUUCACUCUCCACACCAUGCCUCCAGGUGCUAGGAAGAGAAAAGCUGCCAGGAAAAAGAAGGCAAAGGAAAACAACAUCAACCCAUCAACCAACAACCCCCAAGGAAACGAUGGUUUGAAGUCACGAGAUGGGAAAGGAAGUGAUCGUGGUGAGGGUAAUUCUCCUGCAUUUCAUGAACAUGGUGACCAUCGUAAUCCAUUCAAUGAUGGAAGUGAAGAUCUGGAAGAGAGACCAUCAGCUACUCAACCGUGUGCUUCGGAUGUCGAGACCCUGGAAGAAGUCCCUAAUGAUACUUCAAAAGAAUUAUGUUAUGAGAAUGGGAAUGGUGGCGAUACUUCAAAGGGUGAAUCCCUCGCUGAGAAGAACUCAGAGGAUGGGAAUUGUAAUUCAGUUGAAGAGGCAAUUGCAAGUCAUGAGUUUGUUAACUCCAUUGAUUCUUCCCCUUCCAAAAUGACUUUGAUUACUGAAAUGGCACCAGCUGAGGAGACUGUUAAUUCAGCUGCUGACUCUUCUGUUAAUUUAGUUACUGACAUGGCUUCUGUGUCUGAGGUGGAAAAGAGUGACACUGGAAGUGUGUUACUAGAGAAGUCAGUAGUCCAUCCUGUAGAAGUGACCAAUGUCGCAAUGAAGAUAAAUGAGGAUAACGCAUAUUCCUUAACCAAUGAGAAUGUGACAAUGUCAAGUGUGGAGGAGCCUAAGCCAAAGGAAUGUGAUAGUAAAAUGUUAACUUCACUGUCUGCUAGUCCUUUCACUAAAUUUACCAAUGGUGCAGAACACAUUAAGGAUUGUAAGACUGCAAAACGUUCUGAAAAUCAGCCUCAUGUAGCAUUGGCUCCAGAUUUGGUGCAAAAGACCUCCUGGUUGAGUUGCUGUGGAUUGUUUGAAGUUCUGUCAAGUUCAAAUAGAUAAUUUCAGAGAUACAAGAUACAAGCAUCAAGCGUGAGUAUCUCAACUGAUGGGUCAAACUUGUGAAGAUUUAGAAGAAUUUUGUGAUAUUUUGAUUUAGAUUCUCUCCUUUAAGCUUUUAAAAAAUAUAGCAGGCAACCAGGCCAAACUGUGUAAUCCAUACAACUUUUGUUUACAUUACAGUGGGAUUUGUUUGUAGUUAUUGUGCUAGCAACAAUUACAGUCUUUUAAACUGAUUUAUUAAUUCUGUGACAUGGAAUUGGUCAUAAUGCUGUUUAUUUCACCCUUUCUAA